GAGCACAAGGUGUAGAGCGUAAACACCUUACAAGCUGCGAGCAAUAGUGAGCAAUGAGCAUGAGCACGUGUUGUAGCGAGAUGUUGCGCAAUUCAUGAAUUAAUAGACAAGUUGGACGAGAUGUCGGAGGAACAAUUCGAGGAAGGACAAUUCAGCGAUGCCGACGAGGGGGAGGAACUGCCUUGCAUGCAAAACGGUAAAUUAAGGGAGUUUGAAGGGAAACUUUUAAAUCCUAAUGGGAAUUCUAAGAAGCAACUCGAAAAAGCAGUGGCCCAUCUGCAAAUUACAGAAAACAAAGCGAAUAAUGAUGAUAACGAUGACGACGAUUAUUGUAACAAUGAUUACGAUCUGGAUGAAGAGAAGAAUAUCGUGGUAAAUACGAGUUCACAGAAAUCAAACACUCAGACCACAUCUACAAAGAUAACGAACUACCAGCCUAAACACAAACUGCUGUCCCGUUAUGCUAAUAAAAUUAAUUUGGAGAAAUACGCGGGUCCGUCGUUGCCAGGUCAUGUGGCCAACGUGCUAAUCGAGAAUGACAAGCGAAUUAACAAAGAUCGCAUAAGGAUGAAAGACAAGAGCGACCAUGCAACCAUUGAGAAUGUAUUAGAUUCGCGGAUCAAGAACAAGCUGCACAAGCUGUUCGAGAGUGGAGUGCUGGCAGAGAUAAACGGCUGCAUCUCGACUGGGAAGGAGGCCAAUGUCUAUUACGCGAAAUCGAAGAGCGGAGAGGACCUCGCUAUCAAGAUAUAUCGAACAUCCAUCCUGACCUUCAAAAAUCGGGAGAAGUACAUCAGAGGCGAGUAUCGUUUCGACCACGUGCACUCCUUGCACAAUCCGCGCAAAAUGGUGAAGGUCUGGGUGGACAAGGAAUUUUCGAACUUAAAGCGCCUGGAGCAGGGCGGCGUCCGAGCGCCGCGGCCGCUCAUAUCCGCUGGCCACAUGCUGUUGAUGGAGUUCUUUGGUUCGGACGGCUGGGCAGCGCCUAAGCUAAAGGACGCCGUACUUACGGAAACAAAGGCAAGGACGUUGUACAGAGAGUGCAUCGAAAUGAUGUGGAAGAUGUACAACAAGUGUCGGCUCGUCCAUGCAGAUUUGAGCGAAUAUAAUAUUCUCUAUCACGAUGGAUCGCUCGUGAUCAUUGACGUUUCUCAGGCGGUAGAUCGCGAUCAUUGUAACGCGAUGGAAUUUCUCAGGAAUGACUGCAGCAACAUUACAGCAUUUUUUAAAAAAUAUAACGUGGGAGUUAUGUCGCUUCAAGCCUUGUUUGAUUUUAUAACGGAUCCAACUAUAAACGAAAAGAAUAUGGAUGAGUAUCUAGAUAUGUGGAUGGAAGAAGGAAAUCAAAAAGAGAAGGAUCCACAUCAACAGCAAGUAGAGGAGGCCGUUUUUAAACAGGCUUACAUUCCCCAAAGAUUGACUCAGGUGAUCAAUGCAGAACGCGAUAUAAAUCGCGCAAAGUCUGGAGAAGAUUUAAUUUACAAGACGCUGAUAGGCUUAAAAGCAGAUUUGUCCAAGCCAGCGGAAACACCAGAAAUUCUCGCUAACAAACACAAGACAGAGAGCAAAAAUAAGAAGGAAGCAAGUGAUACUUGUAGCUCCUCCAGUGACGACUCCGAUAGUGAGAACGAGAGCGAAACAGAUAGCGGGGAUAAUAAUAAGGGAAAGUUCGUAAAUUCGGCUAGACCUAGAAACGAAAGUCCUGAAAGUCGAAAAAUGCGCAAAAAGGCAAUCAAAGAACAGCAGGCGGAAAAGCGGAAAGUCAAGAUAAAAAAGCACGUGAAGAAACGUAAAAUAAAAGUAUCAAGAGGAAAAUAAAGAAAAAAUAAAAUUAUGUAACGUGUAUAUUGAUAAUCACAUUAAUUAUAGGACAUUAAUAAUAUCGAAGUAAGCACAGGAAAGAAUUACAAAAAAAUGGCAGACAA